UCUGUCAAAUAAUUGAGUCUUUCAACACACCAACACACCACACUGUUGAAGAACAAGACCAGCACCUUCUUCUUCCUUGAAUCUUGGAAUUCCAAACAUUUUGUUGUCUUCAAGGGAUUUUUUUCACUGAAAAACCCCAUAGCUGAGCUGAGCUGAGCUAAACUCUCCUUGUCUUGAAGAUGCCAAGACCAGGCCCGAGGCCUUAUGAGUGUGUGCGAAGAGCUUGGCACAGUGACAGGCACCAACCCAUCAGAGGCUCUCUCAUUCAAGAGAUUUUCAGGGUUAUGCAUCAGAUUCAUAGCUCCUCCACUAAAAAAAACAAAGAAUGGCAAGAAAUUCUUCCUGUUGUUGUUCUCAAAGCUGAAGAAAUCUUAUACUCCAAAGCCAUUUCUGAGGCUGAAUACAUUGAGUUUAAUACCCUUCGGGACCGCUUAGUGGAUGCUGUUAAUACCAUAUUACGCCUUGAUGAUACCACAGAAUCUGGAGAGUUUCUUCAGCCUUGCAUUGAAGCUGCUCUUAAUUUAGGCUGCACUCCUAGAAAAGCUUCUAGAAGCCAAAGACAUAAGAACUCCACAAACUAUCUCAGUUCUAGGCAUCAUGAGUUGUCUCCUCCUCCCAUUGUAAUGAAGAAUUCAAGCUGUGCUCCUUAUUUUUGGAGUUUGGUUAAACCUAUGGCCAAUGCUCUGCCAUCAAGCAGGUUCUCGGUCUAUCCGUUGUGUUAUAACGAUGAUGUUCGCUGGAAACGACAGCGUUCUAGCUUCGAAAUUGCUCGUGAACCGAUUUCUAUGUGUGUGGACUCUAGAAAUGGAGGUGUUAUGGAGAAAACUAGUGGCUUUGAUACAAUGGCUGCAGCAAUUGGGAACCAAUGUGAGGAUGAUUGUGAUCUAGCGCUGCGGUUAGGCCGCCCCUUCUUAGCUUUGAGCUCGAGAUAUCCCGAGCUUAAAGUUGGUUCGAGGAGUUCACUAGAGGAAACCAAAUCUGAUGAUUGUUCCCCAAUGGUGGUCAAUGAAUAUAGCACAUCAUGGGGGCAAAGACUCGAUAGCGAAUGCGUCGAUGCAGAGACAACGAGAAAACGAAAGGCAAAUUUUAGUCAUUCUUUGAAGGGAAGUCACCAAUGUUGAUUCCCUAAGCUUCGUUCCAACCGGUUCAUUGGCUGAAUCUUUUUCGAGCCGAACUGCGGUCGAAAGAAAGCUAACCCGGGGGUCGUUUAGGAUUGAUGGUUAGGUUGGUUGGAGCCAUGGAGGUUAGUGUGUGUGGAAAUGGGGGACAGAGAAGCAUUGACCCAAUGAGCUUAGCUAUCAUGUUUUUGGAGCAAUGUGGUUUAUCUGUGUUGUUUUUUGGAAAGGGCUGAAUGGAUCAUUGAAUGUUUGGUGACAUUA